AUUCUUCUCAUCUCUACCACGCCACCUACCCCUCGUGGCCUCGUCCCCUCCCUCUCGCCGUCUCUCCCAGGCACCGCUGCCGCCGCCGGGCUCUCCCAAGCAUAGCCGCCGACGCACUCAUCCACCGGUACGUGGAAGCAGGAUCUCUGCGCCCACCGCCAGGCUCUCCCAGGCGCCGCCGCAGUCAUCCGCUGGAGACGUGGAAGGAGGAGCCCGCAGCCCAGCGCCCAUCACUCGCAGUCUCCGGCGCCGACGGACGCCAGUGCAUCUCCCACAUCUCUGAGGCACGGCAAAUAGAUCUUUCCUCAUGGCAAAGCAGUCCUAUGCAACAAGCAGCCUUGUGAUAGGAUAUGCUUUAUGCUCCAGCUUGCUUGCCAUCAUUAACAAGUACGCCAUCACCAAGUUCAGCUACCCUGGCCUCCUCACUGCCCUACAGUACUUGACAUCUGUGGCUGGAGUUUGGAGCCUUGGGAAGCUCGGUUUUCUCUACCAUGAUCCCUUCAACUUCCAGACUGCCAAGAAGUUUGCGCCUGCUGCUCUUGUCUUCUACCUCGCCAUAUUCACCAAUACCCACCUCCUGAAGCAUGCCAAUGUCGACACAUUCAUAGUGUUCAGAUCCCUGACUCCUCUUCUGGUUGCUAUUGCCGACACCACCUUCCGGAAGCAGCCAUGUCCUUCGAAGCUCACAUUCUUAUCCCUUGUGAUUAUCUUGGGAGGUGCACUGGGCUAUGUGGUUACAGAUUCAGGGUUCACACUCACAGCAUACUCGUGGGCAGUUGCUUAUCUGGUCACCAUAACUACUGAAAUGGUGUACAUAAAGCACAUGGUAACCAAUUUGGGGCUCAACACGUGGGGUUUUGUGCUCUAUAACAAUCUUCUUUCACUGAUAAUGGCCCCUGUGUUUGGGAUUUUAACGGGAGAGCACUUGUUGGUCUUUAAAGCCAUUGAAUCAAGGGGACAAAGCUGGUUUGAACUUGACGCGUUUGUUGCUGUGUCACUGUCCUGUGUGUUUGGGUUGCUCAUUAGCUUCUUUGGUUUUGCUGCAAGAAAGGCAGUCUCUGCCACAGCGUUUACAGUGACAGGGGUUGUCAACAAGUUCCUCACAGUUGCAAUCAAUGUUAUGAUCUGGGAUAAGCAUGCGAAUGCAGUUGGUUUGAUUUGCUUGCUCUUCACUCUGGCGGGUGGAAUACUCUAUCAGCAAUCAGUCAAAACUAAAGGGAAUACUCCGGCACAGUGUGAGAUGAUAGGUAAGCAGGGCCGGGGUGAUAAUGAUGAAACUGAGUUAGAUGAGGAGAAGCAAAUCUUAGUUUCGUCUCCAAAAGAUUCACGUGCCUGAAGUACAUACACGUUUUUCAGCAGGUACUCAGUUUAGUAAACUUGUGAAAUCAUAGAUAACAUAUUUCUUGUUGUAGAAGAAUGGGCUGCAUUCAUCACAGGCCAUAUGUUUAUUCUAGAAUUAUUUGUUUUCCUGUCCUCUUAUUUCCAGUUGUGUAUGGAACUACUAAUGUGUUGUUUACUAUAGUUACCUGCCUUGUUGUUACUCCCUCCAUUCCCUAAAGGAGGGCAUACUUGUUUUGCUAUAAAUAUACAAAGAUGACCCUCUCCUGAAA